AUGACAAGUUUGAAUCAUCAUGGAAGAAUCAUCGUAGCUAAUUUAAUUAUUUUAAUUCUUGGAUUACCUUACGCAGUAGAGGCACUUUCUUUGCGCAUCAAUAAUAAUAAUUUAAAUUGGAUACAAUUUCAACAAGAAGAUAAUGUCGAAAUAUAUCCCGUGGAUAUCCAUCAACAUACAUUACCUUUCGAUUCACGAAACGGAUACCUAGUCGUCAUAAUUUCUUCUUAUAUAGCCUUAUACUUGAACUUUGUAGGAACUAGUUAUGUCCUGUACAGGAGUUAUUACAGGCGAAGAAGUAGUGGUGUCUCCUUGCCUAUGACUUUGAGAGUUCCAAUGUACAUCGCCAUAACCGAUCUCUUUCUAAUCUUGACACAUGUCGUGAACAUCUCACAUAUGGCAAUAACCCAAACCCUAUGGGAGGAUUCGUCCUGCAAGAUAAUUGGUGGGUUGAACAACUUUUUUCAAUGUAUGAACAUGUUCUUGGUGGGGGGAGUGGCGGUCACGACAUUUCUUCGUGUAAAGCGAGGACGUUUCUUCAGUUUAGGAAAAUUUGAUUACAAAUUGUUCACCGGGAUGAUAUCUUUAUCUUCGUUAAUUACCAUCAUAUUUUACAAAUCGUAUGGACCAAAUAAUUACUGGUGUGGGGGAGAAUUUUCCGAUAAAAUCCUGGCGAUAUCCUCAUUAUGUAUCAUUAGCGUGGUGAUGUUGGUUAGUUUAUAUUGUUAUAUAAGCAUCAUACGUGAGAUGAGAUCCAUCAAAAUCGAAGAAUGCUUCGAAAAUGCAAACAUGCCUGAAGAAAUUUCGAUUCAACGACACAUAAUACAUGUCAAAAAAUAUUGGGUUUACGUCGUUUGUGAUAUUGGAAUUAAUUUCGGAGGUAUAGGAAAUUUCAUACAGUACACGAUCAAUGAAGGGUGGAGUGAUGAUGUAAGAGGGGAUUCGGGUGACGCAUAUGGAUUAAAUCCGACAAAUUUUCGAUUCUCUUACUCGGGCAGUCGACAAUCCUCUGUUAACAAUGAUAGUUCCACAAAUUCAAAUUUUGAUGGUGUAGUUGAUUCUUUUGGAAUUAUACGUCCCUCACCUCCGAAGAACAAAUGA